AUGAAGAUCCUGACACAAGACGAAAUCGAAGCUCAUCGUUCCCACACACUGAAAGGUGGUAUCGAAGGUGCCCUUGCCGGGUUCGCCAUCUCUGCUAUAAUUUUCAAGGUUCUGCCAAGAAGGUACCCGAAGUUCAAGCCUUCGAGCCUCACAUGGUCCAUAAAGACCGCCCUUUGGAUCACUCCUCCCACGGUCUUGACCGCCAUUUGCGCGGAGGAGGCCUCGAACAAUUUCGACGCUACCAUGUACGGAUCCGGUUCAUCCUCGGAAGACGCCCUAGACGAACAUCGAAGAUGGAAGAGUCUGAGCACAAAGGACAAGCUCGUUGAGGGCCUAUCCAAUAACAAGUACAAGAUCAUUACCGGUGCCUGGGCCGCAUCGCUUUAUGGGUCCUGGGUCAUCGUCAAUAAGGACCCCAUCAUGACCAGGGCCCAAAAAAUCGUGCAGGCAAGAAUGUACGCCCAGUUCAUCACCGUCGGGCUGCUAUUGGCCUCCGUCGGUUUGAGCAUGUACGAGGACAAGUUGCAUCCCAACAAGCGGAAGGUCAACGAAAUGCGUCGUUGGGAAAACGCCCUAAAGGUCGCCGAAGAGGAGGAGAGACUCGAGAAAGAGGGAAGAAGGACCGGCUACGUCUCUAAUGAAGAGAGAAUCAACUCCAAGAUCUUCAAGUCCUGA